AUGGCAGGGCGGGGCGGCGUCGAGCACGGCAAGUGGGACCACUGGGUGCCGCCACAGUGCAGGCCCGACCCGUCCAUACUCCGGCUCAGCGCCCAGCUCGCCUGGUCUGAGGCCGCGGAGCCGCUCCACGCGGACAUCGACGUGAAUCACUUCUGCGGGGUCGGCCCCGGGAUGUGUUUCGCGAAGGGGGUCAAAUCCAAAGACCCCAAGCUCGGGGUGGUGGGGCUCGUGCCCUGCGCCGUGGGCGGGACCAAGAUCGCGCAGUGGGCCCGCGGGACCCCCUUGUACAACCAGAUGGUGAGUCGAGCCAAGGCGGCCAUAAAGAGCGGGGGAACCAUAAGGGCGAUGCUUUGGUAUCAGGGGGAGAGCGAUACGGUGGCUCAGGCGGACGCCCAGGCGUACAAGAGCAACAUGGAGAAGCUCAUCGGGGACAUUCGCACCGAUCUUAACAACCCUUCUCUUCUCAUAAUUCAGGUGGCCCUUGCAUCAGGAGAAGGCAAAUUUGUGGACACGGUCAGGAGCGCUCAGCUGGGCAUAAAACUGCCCAAUGUGAAGUGCGUGGACGCAAAGGGCUUGGACCUCAAGACGGAUCAUCUUCACCUCACCACCACCAGUCAGGCUCGCCUCGGUUCCCUGUUGGCCGAUGCAUACAUAAUCCACUAA